UUUGAAAUUAUGUUCAAGGCCUAAGGCGAAAGUUCACGCACGCUUGUCUCGAACGCCGGUUUUAAGCUAAUCUUUGUGGUGGCAACAAGUUUGUGGAUUUUAUCCAGGGCAUUCUAAUCACGGUCUAAAGAGCUACCACAACUCAAGAAGUGCUGAAUGCAAGAGACAGUAACAUGGAGGACAGGGAGAAAUAUGAGGGGUUGAGAACGCUCGGGGAAAGGGAAAUUACACAGGAAGUUGGAGAUGACCCAGGGGGCAGGAGGCAAGUCGGGGAAACGGAGACAAAUGAAGGUGCAAGUGCUGGAAAUACUGGGACAGGCUCAAUAAUUCUUGGUGGGUUGGAGGCACAACCUGGAGUUGGACACUUUCCGACAGGUUGGAACAGAAGAGGGGGUUUGGAGACUAACAGGGGCGCUAGUGGCAGCACAUCAGCUGGAAGCAGGCAACAAGGUUUAAGGUCAUCGCCGGAGGUUAUUGAUCUUACAGGUGAGAGUGAAUGUAUUGUGGCUGAUUCAGUGCAACAGACUGAAGACAACUCAAGAAGUUGGAGUAGACUGCAAGGGCUAUCACUAAUGCCAGGUGCUAGCAGUGAUACUGGAGGAUGGUAUCGAUGCCAAGGAAUGACAUCAUCGGGGGUUGCCGAUAGAAAUACCACAUUUUCGAGUCGUAGCCAGGGUUUAACUUCCCCACAGGCCACUGGAGCUGAUGCUGGGGGCUGGAGUCUAUUACAUGGUUCGAAUUUAACAUCGGGAAGUAAUCGUGGUGCUGGGAAUUGGAGCCAGUGGCGUGCGUUACAGCCAAGAACUGGAAUAAAUUCUGGGGUUUGGAAUAGACGCCAUAGUUUGGAUUCAUCCCUGAGCCAUGGAGCUAACACCAGGGGUUUACAGUUAAUCCAGGGUGCAUGGAGACAUAGCCAGGUGAUGGAAACAACAAGAGGUAUUAGAGCCAAUGUAGGGUCUUGGACCCAACAGGUGGGAGGAAACCAACAAGGUGAACAGAGUCAAGAAGUGAUGGAGUCCACACAGAGUGAAAUCAACCCUGGUGAUAGAUUUGAUAUUGGAGGUUCAAGUCAACGCGACAAUACAAAUCCAAGGCAUGAGGAUGCAGUUAUCAGAGGAGGAUGGAGUCAACGUAGGAGUGUAGAUUUUGAACCAGGUGUAUGGAGUCACCACAGUGCUUCAGAGGAGCCACUAUGGGAUAGAGCAAAUAGGGAUGUAGAGAGCCAGAGUGGAGAAAUGGAGGCAGUACUGGGUAGUGAAGGUGGAGGGGCUUUGAGCCAAAUGGUGGGAGGAAGCCAACAGGGUAAACAGAGUCAAGGGGAAGUAAUGGAGUCCACACAGGGUGAAAUCGCCCCUGGUGAUACUCCAAAUAUGGAAGGUUGGAGUCAAUGUGGUAAUACAGAUCCAAGGCAUGAGGAUGCAGUUAACAGAGGAAGAUUGAGUCAACAACACAGAAGUGUGGAUUCUGAACAAGGUGCAUGGAGUCAUGACAGUCCUUCAGAAGAGACACUAUGGGAAAGAGUAAAAAGAGAUAUGCAGAGCCAGAGUGGAGAAAUGGAGGCAGUGCCGGGUAAUGAAGGUGGAGUGGCUUUGACCCAAAUGAUGGGAGAAAACCAACAGGGUGAACCCCCACAAGGUGAAAUCGCCCCUGGUGAUACUCUAAAUAUGGAAGGUCAGAGUCGAUGUGGUGAUACAGAUCCAAGGCAUGAGGAUACAGUUAACAGAGGAGGAUGGAAUCAACAACACAGCAGUGCAGAUUCUGAACAAGGUGUAUGGAGUCAUCACAGUCCUUCAGAAGAGACACUAUGGGAAAGAGUAAAAAGAGAUAUGCAGAGCCAGAGUGGAGAAAUGGAGGCAGUGCCGGGUAAUGAAGGUGGAGGGGCUUUGACCCAAAUGAUGGGAGGAAACCAACAGGGUGAAACCCACCACAGGUGA